ACAUUGAUUGUCCAAUAUUGGUUAUAAUGGUAACAAAAUUCUGAUAUGAGAAUUGAAUGAAUCAUGUGAAACAUGGAAUCAACAAAUGUUGAUUAUCUUUUUCGAAAUUAUCUUGUUUCCGAUGUUGUUCUUGUACAACAGAAACUUAAAAAUGAUGUACAGAAAAAACAAAACGACUUGAAACAAUUGAUCGGUGAACGAUAUAAUGAAUUGUUUCGUGCGACCGAUUCAUUCGGUCAUAUGAAUCUUUCGAUCAAUCAGUUGAUUGAUUCGUUGAAAAAAUUAUCGACAACUGUUCAGGAAAGUAAAGAUGGACAUAAACCGAUCAACGUUGAUCAAAUAAAUGAUUCGAAUUUUCCUAUCAAUGAUAAUUAUUUUGCCAAUGCAACUGUAUGCAAGUUUUUACUUGAUUUACCAUUACAAAUAUGGAAUUUUUUACAUGAAGAAAACUUUUUUCUUGCUACCUAUGGUAGCUACUUUGGUGAUCAUAUUGUACAAUAUUUGGCUGAUCAACAACAGUCAUUUCAAUGUUCAAAUAUUUGCUCACUACGAUUAUAUUCGAUUCAUAAUCUAAAAUCACAUAUUAUUCGAAAUUGUUGGCAACAGAUUGCCGAACAAUCAUUAAAAAAUGAUAUUAAUUUGGAUGAAUUUGCUCGUAAAUUUUCAUAUUUAAAACUGUUGAAAAAUUGUUCAACAACCGAAGUGAUUGAUGAUUUUUUUAAAAAUCAAGCUAAUAAUAUUGAUACAAUAAUCAAUGAAACAAAUCAAAUUUCCAUAUUGAUUGAGCAAAUAUUGAAUAUUAUUUUCAAUACGAUAAAAUGUUCACGAAUAUUUCAUCAAUCGGAAAAUGAUUCACUGGAUUGUCUUCUUCAAAUACAUUUAAAAGAAAUUUGUUCGACAAAUCAUGUUGAUGAAUUGAUUGAUGCUAGUCAUGCACAGCGAAUAAGAUGGCCUAAAAAAUUAUUGUUUUAUACCAUAAACGAUUCUAUCAAAAUUGAAUCAGAUAAAAAGAUUAAAUUCGAUGAAACAAUUCUAGUGCAAUGGAUACAAACAAUAAAGACAAAUUUUUCUACAAAAAUUGAACAAAAAUUCAAAUCGGUUGAAUCGAUUCGUGAAUUAUUUCAAGAAAUAACUAUCGUCGAACAAUGGCUAAUGAAGAAUUCCAUACUCGAAAAUUAUUGCACAUUUGUCAAUGUUAUUGAUUUUAAUAAAUCAAUCUGGACAGAAUGGUUUAUGGCUUUAUUCGAAACAAGAGUGUAUGAAAUUACAUCGAUCGAAUUGCAAUCUAUACAAACAAUUUUCAUUGAAUCAUUGCCAAUGAUUGAACAAAAUUUGUUCAAUUGUGAUCUUAAUAUUGUUGAAUUUGUUUGGAAAGAAUCAAAUCAACCAUCGCGAAUUAAUGAUUUUAAUGGUUUAGUGCAAAAAACAUGCGAUAUGAUUAAUCAAAAAUUAUCAAAUUUUUAUGAAGAUAUUAUCAUAUUUCAACAUAGUCAUCAAACAUUUCUGAUUCGAAUUCAUUCUAGCAUUGCCGAAUUUCUUCGUUCACUUCAGAUUCAAAUUGAUUCGGUUAAUAAAAAUCGACAAAAAUCAUUGUUACUUUUUGGUGCUGUACUGUUUCAACGAAUGCCAGAUUUAUGUCCAUCAAUAAGUCAAAUAUUUUCAAUGUGUGAUCGAAAAACAGAUUGUCUGAGUUGGCAACAAAUUUCGACCCAACUUCGUGAGAUAAAUGAAUCUUAUCUACAAAACCUAUUCGAUAUUACUAUCACCGAACAUUUUGCACACAUUGAUCCGAAAUCAUUUGUUGAUUUGAAUCAAUUUUUGAAAAAUUUUUCCAUUUGGGAAACUAUUACCAUUUCAAAUGAUCAAGAUGAUCAAUCUAAAACUAUUGUUGAAGUACCGAUGCAAUUAUCAUUGAAAACGUAUAAAGUUUUGCAUGACAUUUCUAAUGAUAUUAAUCGAUUUUGUGCUCACACAGUAACUCGUCAGGUAUUGAUCAAUAUUUUACGAUUAAUCGGCCGCCAAAUAGUGAUACUUUAUGGUGAUGCAUUGAAAAUUUUGUCCGAACUAACCGAUCCUGUUUUAAAACCACCUAAACAAAUCAUUUCAAUACAAUUAUAUUUUGAUCUAUUUUUUCUGAAAAAAUUAUUCAUUCAAAUUAAACAUGAUGAUCAUUUUCGAUGCGAAUAUCUUGAACCAAUCAACACAAUGAUGACCGAAUUAGAAUCAAAUAUUGAUCCAUUCGAUAUGCAUCUUAUACAUCCUUAUAUCGAAGCGAAUGUCUAUCGAUUACAAAAGUCCUAUCAAAUUACAUUCGGAUUUUUACUAUUCGAACGUUUAAUGAAUUCUAAUCUUUCUAAACCAAUGAAUAAUUCGAAUAAUGAAAAUGUUCAUAAUUUAAUGUUGAUACAUUCCUGUCAUGGAGAAGAUUUUAAAACAAUGUUAUCGAAAUAAUGAAUAAGUAUUGAAUUUUUAUUAUUAUUGAAUUAUUCAUAAUGUGAUUAUAUGAUCAUUUUUUUUUGAUUUUUUAAAAAUUUAUAAUUUUGUUUGUUUUUUUUAAUGAAAAGAAACCAAUAUAAUUUUAUAUGAUUAUUGCAAAGAAUGCAGCAUAACACACCCACACACACGCACAGAAAAUAUAUUAAACGAAUGUAAUAUGUUACAUAAUUAUCAUUUUUAAAGAAUUCUAAUAACGAAAA